CUCGCUUUGGAAACUCCUCCCAGAGCUCUCUCUUCUCUUCGUUAGCUCCGUCUACCUCCCCCCUUUUUAACCCCCACCUUCUCCCUCCGUGACCGUUCACCGACGCUCACCCCCAGUCACAAUGUCGCAGUCCAUACAUCUCCUCACCCCGUCCAACCUCGCCAUCUCAAAGCACCACUCCUCCUUCCUCUCCACCUUCAAUCGCCGGUUGCCGGUCAUCACCACCACCACCAAGACCACCGCGCCUUCUUUCCCAAAGCUCUCCAUCAGAGCCUCCUCCUCCGAUCGCGAGCCUUCCGUUCUCGUCACCGACAACGGCAAGUCCUCCUCGGGGCUCCAAUCCCCUCCUUCGCACUCCGACCAUGCUCUUUCCAGCUCCAUCGAGGUCGACGCCGUCACCGAAGCUGAGCUCCGGGAGAACGGAUUCCGUUCCACCAGGCGCACCAAGCUCGUAUGCACCAUCGGACCCGCCACCUCCGGAUUCGACCAGCUCGAAUCUCUCGCCGUUGGCGGCAUGAACGUAGCGCGCAUCAACAUGUGCCACGGCACGCGCGAGUGGCACCGCGAGGUCAUUCAGCGCGUCAGGAGGCUCAACGAGGACAAGGGAUACGCCGUCGCCAUCAUGAUGGAUACCGAAGGCAGCGAGAUUCAUAUGGGUGAUUUGGGUGGCGCUUCCUCCGCCAAAGCUGAGGAUGGUGAAGUAUGGACUUUCAGCGUCAGAGCUUUCGGCUCCACUCUGCCCGAACACACCAUCAAUGUGAACUAUGAAGGUUUUGCCGAAGAUGUGAAAGUAGGGGAUGAGCUGCUUGUGGAUGGUGGGAUGGUGAGAUUCGAGGUGAUCGAAAAGCUUGGUCCUGAUGUUAAGUGUAAGUGUACUGAUCCUGGUUUGUUGCUGCCUCGGGCUAAUUUGACUUUCUGGAGGGACGGGAGUUUAGUGCGAGAACGUAAUGCCAUGCUUCCCACCAUUUCGUCGAAGGAUUGGUUGGACAUUGAUUUUGGGAUUGCAGAGGGUGUUGAUUUUAUCGCUGUAUCUUUUGUCAAAUCUGCGGAAGUGAUAAAUCAUCUUAAAAGCUAUAUUGCUGCACGGUCUCGAGAUAGCGACAUUGCUGUCAUUGCAAAGAUAGAGAGCAUUGACUCUCUAAAGAACCUGGAAGAGAUCAUCCGAGCAUCAGAUGGAGCAAUGGUAGCAAGAGGGGAUCUAGGUGCUCAGAUACCACUGGAACAGGUCCCAGCAGCCCAGCAAAAGAUUGUUCAAGUUUGUCGGCAGCUAAAUAAGCCAGUCAUUGUGGCUUCUCAAUUACUUGAAUCUAUGAUUGAAUAUCCUACACCCACUAGAGCCGAAGUGGCUGAUGUUUCUGAAGCAGUGAGACAGCGCGCUGAUGCUUUGAUGCUUUCUGGUGAGUCGGCUAUGGGCCAGUUCCCUGAAAAGUCAUUGGCUGUUCUCAGAAGUGUUAGUCUGAGAAUUGAAAGAUGGUGGAGGGAAGAGAAACGUCAUGAAGCUAUGGAACUACCAGCUAUUGGAUCUUCAUUUUCAGACAGUAUCUCAGAGCAGAUUUGCAUUUGUGCUGCCAAGAUGGCCAAUAAUUUGGAGGUAGAUGCUCUUUUUGUCUAUACAAAGACAGGCCACAUGGCAUCUCUCUUGUCUCGCUGCCGGCCAGACUGCCCAAUCUUUGCUUUUACUAACACGACAUCUGUACGGAGACGCCUAAACCUACAGUGGGGGCUGAUACCAUUUAGGGUGAGCUUCUCGGAUGACAUGGAGAGCAACCUUAACAAAACCUUGUCACUGCUCAAGGCCAGGAAUUUGAUCAAAUCAGGCGACCUUGUUAUUGCUGUCUCAGACAUCUUGCAGUGCAUCCAAGUUAUGAAUGUUCCUUGAAAAGUGGAUUUCGUUUAGCUUGGAAGCAUUUUCUCGAUCCUUCAUUGCUACUGGUUGAAAGAAAAAGGGGGCAAUCUGGAGGUGAUUCAGCUUUCCCCUAAUGAUCUUCCCGGGCUCUCCUUCAAGAUCCAUCGUAAAGUUGAGACUUGAGAGGGUUUCUUUCUGCCACUUGAGCUGCCUGGUAUUUUUCAUGAUAAUACCUUGUGAAAUUAAUUUGCUUAGUUAAUUUUAGUUAAUUAAGUUGAGACAUAAUUUUUAUGUGCAUUGUUUUGGUGUGUGUUAAAAUUGGAUCAAGCAUGAUCAACAAUAACCAUUUUCAAGCUACUGUUUAAUGUCACCCAAUGUUUUGUGAAAUUGGAUGUGUUAGGGUUACUCAUGUAUUUGAAAUAAGUAGACGCAAUUGAAUGUGUUAGGGUUACUCA